UCGUACUAAUAGACGUCCCUAUUUGAGCUCCCUGUGAGAGCUACGCUGUGCGAGCCUUCUUUUGCAGCGAUACUCAUGUGCUUUUAUCUGCCAUGGCCCGUGGGCACCAGAAGAUUCAGUCCCAGCAGAAAAAUGCUAAGAAGCAGGCCGAGCAGAAGAAAAAACAAGGGCAUGAUCAGAAGACUGCUGCCAAAGCGGCCUUAGUGUACACCUGCAGUGUCUGUAUGACACAGAUGCCUGACCCAAAGACGUUCAAGCAGCACUUUGAGAGCAAGCAUCCCAAAUCCCCGAUGCCACCAGAACUGACUGAUGCGAAAGCAUAAGAUGCGUUUUCAGACUAACUUCAAGCCACAAGCCCACCUGUCAACAGCCCUUCACAAAUACCUAGUCUUGCAGCUGUGUUUUCAUGUUGAACUGCUGAGUGGUGUUAACAAAGGAGCUUCGGAUUACUGAGAAUGGCGGGGUGAUUCAGUACAGCCAGUUGGUCGCUUUGCAGUGAUGUUGUGGAACAUGGAUUUCUACCAGAUUUAAAACAUCCCAGUCACUAAGAAAGUUUUACAAGUGUCCCUGUGAAAGUGCUGCAUUCUGCUGUCUUUGCAUGUUACUGGGAUGCCCAUUUCAAGCAGUUGUCCCUUACAGUGGUCAGAUACCUUUUGCGUUCCUUACCAAAAUAAUUAUUGCAUUUUGUGAAAAAUGGCAAGGAAUGUCAUGCUAUGAGAGAAAAGAAACAGUACUGUCACCGUUAGGGAAAUGUGCUGGGCUCCGCAGAUUGUGGAAUAUUUUAUGUUUUCAUGCCAACACACACACAUGGUCUUUCUCCACCAAAUGUAGUUCUAGAAUUCUGCUCAUUAUUUGGAGCCUUUGUUUCAUCAGUAUGUCUUGAAUGUUUUUUUUCCCCCUCAUAACAGUAAUGCAAAGUGGCUACAAAGCCUAUAUAUUUAGCCUGUAACUUUUCUACAAGUAUACACUAUAGUGACGCUGCGUAGUUUUGUAAAAGCAUAAUUUUUACACUUGUUCAUUUUAUGUAAAAUAACAUUAAUAAAGUAAUACUUUGGUACA